AUGAGGGCGCGAGCGAUCGCGGUCGGCGCGGAGAGGUCGGACGCGGGAUCGAAACGGAUGGAAAAGUCGGCGCCGGCGACGGUUGGGGAGACGCCGCGCGGGGGGCGGGCGCCGGCGAAGACGAGGACGAUGGGGUUGAGCGUCGAUGUCCCGGCGAUGGAUGGGGACGAGGCGACGAGGAGCGCGCCGGCAACGAUAAAGGAUAAAGUUGGCGCGCGCGCGGCGGGAUCGACCGACUGCGUAGUAGAUGAGCCGGCGACGCCGGCGCCGAUGACGCCGAUACCGGACCAGAGCUCCGCUGGCUCGCUCGCUCCUAAGAGCAAAUACACUAAAAAAGUCACGAAGACGCCGAAAAAGGCCGCGACGACGACACCGUCAUCGGUGCAGAGUGGAGCGGCGAACACACAAAAGCCCAGGCGAGAGCGCCGGCCGGAUUCGCGUUUUAUCAAGCGCCGAGACGCCGAGUUGACGGAAUUCCCACCCGGUAUGAUUGUUUGGGUGCGAUUGCGCUCGACCCACAAAGGACAGUGGUGGCCCGGUCGCACGUGGAAGCUUCGACAGUGCGCAAACGCGUACGAUCUUCUUGACAUCAAACCCGAGGGCAGUUUGGCUCUCGUCAAGUUAUUCGGUAGCAACUGCUUUGAGUGGGCGUCCAAGGAAGAUUUAGCGCCGUACGACGCCCAAAGGCAAUCUUCGUACCGCGAAGGUAUGCUACUAUGGUAUAACGAGUCCGCAUCGAGACGAAAAUCACGUGGGAGCGCGCUGAAGGCGCUUCGGUGCGCAGAUGCGGCCGAAGUUGAAGAAUGGUCCGAUCCGUGGUCGACAUCGGAUGCGAGUUCGUCGAGCGACGAAGAGUCGGACGCCGAGGCGACGAACAAGGCAAAUGUACAAGCGCUGGAGUCGAUGAAAGUCGGAUUAACGCCAGAUUGGAUAGUUCACGGCGCGUGUAAAGUGUUUGGACUCGAUCUCCCUACGAUUGAAGCGCCGCUCAUCAAAGGUUUACUCGACCCGUGCACGAAUUCGCAUCUCAGGCCAAACAUUCCCGCAGAAAAAUGUUACGACAAGAAGGACGAUGGACUGAAGAUGUCUAACCCGUGGGCAGGUUAUCACGUCUUGGUGAACCCUCCAUACGAAGCCCAGGUGCAAUGGCGGUUUAUCAAUCGAGCGAUCAACGAAGUGGAGUGGGAACAUUGCCCUGGCAUCAUCCUCGUGUGCCGAAACUCUACCGACACGAGCUACUUCCAACGCCUUCUGCCUUUUCCUCGCAUUCACCUGCGGCGCAAGGCGGUGCAGUUCAAAGACUAUUCGAACUGUCCGAUAGGAUUCGGGAUUUGUGUGUUUUGCAUCGUGUCCCCAACGCAUCCGCAACAGGCUGAUAUUUAUAGCCGCUUUCACGACGAAUUCCACGCCGCCGGCGAGUUUAACAUUCCCGUCGACGGCAAAUUCGUGAAAAGCCCGCCGUUCAUCGAACUCACCACCCGGCUUCACCGAGUGGCGUGCGAAGACUAUCGCGACAGUUGGAUCGCAUGCGAUGUCUGCGACCGAUGGCGCGAGAUUCCGUUUGAUCAAAUGUUAAAGGCGCGCAAAUCCAAGGUUUGGCAGUGCCGCGAUUCGUUUCCGAUGGGCUGCAGCACUCCGCUGACGAAGACAGAAAUCGCUGCGUUUUCAGUAGCCAAGGCGGAGACAAAUACAGUUUUAGUUGCGUCAAAAGUUGAGGGCACGAAAGGCCCCGUCGGCGUGUACGCUGCGGAAACGCGCGCGGGAUCCUCUGUCGAAGCCGUCGACGAGCAAGAGUCUCUGACGCCGCUCGACGGCGCUCUGGCGAAUCAAAGCACGCGGGUGGAUGAGUACAGCGAGAUCCGUGAGAGAGAAGAACGAACAAAUGAGUUUCUUCAGAGCGGUGGUAAGCUUCACGGACUCGGGUGUCCGUGUAACUGGGAACCGUGUCGCGAGCGGCGGCAAAAGGAACAAAAGAUUCUCAGCAAGCACUUCCCGGGUUUACGCGUCGAGUGGGAAAAGAUGCGCGACGAGAUCACGAACGUGCUGACCCCGUUCGAGCGCGAACGACUGGAAAAGAUUGAAGCGAACAAGAACAAGAUGCGGAGCUUAAUGCUCAGUACAGAAGAGCAAGCGACGAUGACGUCGCACAAAGUCGUGCACGCGUCGGCGGCGGAAUCCGCGGCGUUGCGCAUGUGGGAAAUCGCCAAGCGCAAGCACAAAACGAAAACGAGCAACGCCGAGCGUCGCGAACGCAAGGUGAGCUCGCUCAAAGCGCAGCUCGAAGCCGCGGAGACACGCCUGAGCGACAUCAUGGGCGAAGUGCGCGAGGCCAACGUCGGCGUGGACACCGCGCUCAAGGUUCUAGAGGCGAUUCGCUCGCGCGCGACACGCGUCGAGCGCGAGUUCGAUCGAAACAACGCGCGGCUAAAAACAGUCAAAGUCGCGUGCAGGAAAUCAAAUUCCGCGGCAAACAAGAGCGCAGACGCGAUUUGGUCCGACGCCCGCGCGCGCGUCCCGCUCGCCGCCGACGUCGCGCCCCCCUGA